CUUCGAUCACCUGAUCUGGCUCAACGGUCACGUGAUCCCGUCUCCAUCAUCGCCAUUUUGAAGCAGUGUUCCCAGGGAGGGGGAAAAAAAGAAAAAAAGAAAAAAAAGCCUUAGGCGACGCUGGUCCGGGAGAAGCGAGGCGACGUGGCGGGGAGCGGCCUGUCCCGUGGAGGACCCGGCAGAUAUUAUGGAAGAGGGAAGCAGUAUUGCAGUAUUGGUGCCAAAUAUUGGGGAAGAAGAAGCUGUACUGAUUUCUGAAACAGUCAUUGGCUCAACACUGAAAAGCAGUGAAGAUCAUAGAAAAUGUAAAACUGAUCCUCUGAUCCAUGUUAUCGAAAAAUUAAGCAAGAUAGUAGAAAGUGAGAAGUCACAGAGAUGCCUUUUAAUAGGGAAAAAACGUUCCCAUCCUAAUGCUUCUACGCCAUCUUUUGAAACACAAGAAAUUUGUGAGAUCCCAGCUAAAACAAUGGAGCUGCCUGUUAUUGGCAUUAAAAAGACUGAUGAGCUACAAGCAGAUUAUGUAACCAAUUGUCUUCCACAAAGUAAAAGAAAGGUUAUAUGCUACCAAUGUAGCCUAUGUAAAUUUCUAUCGCCAUCUCUUUGUAUACUACAAGAACAUAUAAAACAACAUGGUCAACAGAAUGAAGUGAUAUUAAUGUGCUCAGAAUGCCACUUUGCUUCUAAAAAUCAAGAAGAACUUGAAGUUCAUGUCAGAAUUCACCAUGAGAAUGAUGGCAAAAACCAGUCAAAAGUGCACCAAUGUGUAAAUCUCUCAACUUCAUCUUUGCAAGGGCCAGUGGAAGGAAGUGUCAAAGCAGGCACUGAUCAGGCAGUACAUCUGGACUGUAAAGGCAUAACUCUGUCUACUCCUAUAGCUGAAAUGGGUAGGAGAAAAUGGUAUACUUAUGAGCAGUAUGGCAUGUAUCGGUGCUUAAUUUGUAGCUACACUUGUGGUCAGCAAAGAAUGUUGAAAACCCAUGCAUGGAAACAUGCAGGUGAGGUUGAUUGUUCCUAUCCUAUAUUUGAAGAAGAAAAUGAGCCUGCUAGCUUGUCAGAUGCAACUGUAACUCAUACGUCUCAUAGUGUGGAUACAAUUGUUCUCUCUCUAGAAAAUAAUGAACUAGACAUCCAUAGUGACCAUUCUCUUCAACUCCAGAUUUGUAGUUCUGAGCAACUGUCAUGUAAAUCACCACCAGUGGUAGAAAAUGUAAAAGAGGAGGAGGUUCUAAGUCAAUCAACAGCCCUUUCCCCUACUGGAGAACUGUUAGAGGAAACCAUAUCGGAUACAGAUACAGAGCAAGAUAAUUUGAUAACUGAUAGCCUACUUUCAUCAGCACAGAAAAUCAUUAACUGUAGCCCAAAUAAGAAAGGUCAUGUUAAUGUAAUAGUAGAGCGCUUGCCAAGUGCUGAAGAAACUGUUUUACAGAAACCUUUUCUAAUGAACACUGACAUUGAAACUGAGAAAAAAUUAAUCUCAGAGGAAUCCCAGGUUGUGUGUGAAGGAUCUGGUGAAGUUUAUCACUCAGAUGAAAUUGAAGAAGUAAUAAUCGGAUGGAGCAAUACUGAGAAGAAAGAUAGUGAUUUAAUUUCUAAUAAAGGCAUAGCAGCUGAUGAAAAUGCCCCUCCUGUGCGAAGAAGAACAAAUUCUGAGUCUCUGAGACUGCACUCGUUAGCUGCAGAAGCUCUUGUUACAAUGCCUAUCAGAGCUGCAGAACUAACAAGAUCCAGCUUUAGGGCCUUCACUGCGGUAAACUCUUUAGAUGCAGAUACAGGACAAAGACAGAUGGAUGGCACUUGUGCAGCCCAUUCUAAAAUGGUAUCGUCACUUAAAAACCCUCCAGAGGGGUUAACUAGUUUAAACCAAAGUGACUGUGCAAUAAUGGAGCUACAGAAGGACAAACCAGAGCUAUCAGAAGCACCAAUUAAAAUGGGCAUUAGUAUGUCACUGCUCACAGUAAUUGAAAAAUUGAGAGAGAGGACAGAUCAGAAUGCUUCUGAUGAUGACAUUUUGAAAGAAUUACAGGACAACGCACAAUGCCAACCUGUGAAUGACAUGAACAUGCCAGGAAGUAACCUGGUAGAGUACAUACCCAAUGUAGAUCGACCAUACCGCUGUCGCCUAUGCCAUUAUAGCAGUGGCAAUAAGGGCUACAUAAAACAACACUUGAGAGUCCAUCGUCAAAGGCAACCAUAUCAGUGUCCUAUCUGUGAGCACAUAGCUGACAAUAGUAAAGAUUUAGAAAGCCAUAUGAUCAACCACUGCAAAACCAGAAUGUAUCAAUGCAAGCAAUGUGAAGAAUCCUUUCAUUAUAAGAGUCAGCUGCGAAAUCAUGAGAGAGAGCAACAUAGUCUUCCAGAUCUGCUCUCAACAGCAACAUCUAACAAACUAAUAGUUUCCAGUGAGGCAGAUGAAAGAGAAGGGAAUAAGCCUUCAGUCCAGAAACUCUACAGAUGUGAUGUGUGUGACUACGCAAGCACAACAUAUGUUGGGGUACGAAAUCACAGACGGAUUCAUAACUCUGAUAAGCCAUACAGCUUCCUACCCUCCCCAUGCAAGUUGGCCAGACGUCAAUGUGAAAAAACUAGGACAUGCUACAGCAUAUGACCUGGAUGAUUUUGGAGAAAAGGUAGGGAAGUGCCCAGUGAAGUGGGUAGAAAAGUGGCCUCUCAUUGCUCUCACCAACUUCCAUCUUACAGAAUGAAAAACUGAAAUCCUUUAUAAUAAAAGAUUGUGUAACAGAGAAAAAUAUUUCUUCCUUUAAGACCUUGUAUAGAUUACAACUUACUUCAGUAUACUUUACGUCACUCAGGGAUGUGAAUGAUCCACACCCCUGAGCGACAUAAGUUUUAUACCGACCAAAGAGCUGGUAUAGACAGCGCUAUGUCAGCGGGAGAGCUUCCCCUGCCGACAUAGUUACUUUUUCUCAUGGGGGGGGGAGGAGUAAUUAAGCCAAUGGGAGAGCUCUCUCCCAUCAGUUUACAGCGUCUCCACUACAAAUGCUACAGUAGCGCAGCUCCAACAGUGCAGCUGCGCCAGUGUAAAUGCUGUAGUGUACAUGUAGCCUAAGACUUCACUAUGUUAUACCAGUCCUAGCCUCUUCGCCCUCCAGUCUAGCUCUUAUCCUUCUGUCUCCACAGCCAGUAUCUAUAAAUAAAUAAAACACACACAUACACACAAACUCUCAUGUCAAACUACUCCAGAAUAACGUCCCCACCUUUCUGCUAACAUCCCCAACCAGGAUCAGGAACACUUCCUGUCCAUCCUUUAGCUCAAUCUUUACACUUCCUAACAACCUCUGUGCACCUAAGAGUCAUCCUCCCUCUCAUUUGAGGAUACUCUCCCCAGAUUUAGAAACCCCCUCCUUCCUCCAUCAGACCCAGGAAAACACUUCCUAAGACCACUAAAUUUCCUCCCCACUCUUCCUUACCACCCCCACAGUGUUCCCCAGCUCAACCUCCCACCCUUUCCUGCCUCAGUGUCUUCCUUCCCCCCCAUUGUUGCUUGGCCUGAAGGAGGAAGACCAGAGGCUGCAGAGAGCCCCAUAUCCCACCGCUGUCUGAAUUAAUCCCAUAGAGGCCUAUAUUAUUGCUCAUUCUGCCACCUGAAAACCAUAGUUAGGACACUUUGUAGCAGGUUUUACGGCAAUCUGUAAUAUGCACCCAUAUUAUAGCUACUAGUGUUUUAUCAUUUGGACACUAUUAGUGGAGGUUAGCUCCACCAGCUUCUGAUAAUCAGCCACACGUGACUAACAUUAUUCAUAUUUCAUCUGAUAACCUUUGAAUUUUACUUUGACACCUCAAUAUGAAGCUUUCAGAUAACACAGAGAUUGGACUAAUCUCAAUCAGAUAGACCAGGGAUUCUCAAACCUUUCCACAGCAUGGAUCACACCAUGGUAGAUAAUGGACACCUGCGCAGCCAUUCACAAUCCCAUAAAGUGUCAUGAAGUUUGCUCUGUAGAAAUCUUGAAGAUCAGAAACUGAAAACCUUAAAAGCUGAAAUCUUGUCUGCUCAUGUUAAAAAUUCCAUGGUACUUUUCACUUGUCCACGUGUUUUUGUCCAAAAUCUUCCCUCCAUUAUUCUGCCAUGUGUUUUGUACUGCUGCCAACUCAAGAGUUGGCUGCACUUUGAUGUACGUGUUCUUUUGUAUUUCGAGAUGAAGGGUGCAACAGAAAUCUGUGUGUGUGUUCCAAAAUAACUUUUAUGGAUAACUGUCACCCUGAUUAGGAAACAAUAGAGGAUUAAAAUUCACAACAAUAAAAAUUGAAGAGAACAGGGAAUUUCUUGUUACUUGACACUGGUGACAUGGGUAGGUUGAAUUGAUUUAAAUCACCAAAUGGAGAGCCUCAAUUUAAAUCAUUGAUCUUAAUAACUUUUCCAUUUGUACUUCAUUUGUUUUCUAAAAAAGGUGCAUGCUUAUUAGUUGAUAUAACCAUUAAAACAUGUAGAUUUACAACUAAAUAGCGCCUUUACAGUAGAUUUGGUACAUCUUUUAGCUACCAAGGAGAGUACACUAUAACUAUAUUCAUUUAUUUAAGCAAUUAUGUAGCUUAAUAUUUUCAGAUUCUUAUUUAUUGUACAUUGUUAGUAUGUUAGAAAUAGAUGAAUAAAAUUCUUAUUUACUAGACAAUUCAACUGUAGUCAUUGAAUUAAACAGAUUAUUUCAUGUCAGCCUGGGAAAAAUUUCACUUAUGCCUACAUUGAAAGUGACUUGAGCUUAAGUUUCUGUUCGCCUAAGUCUCUUGAAAAUGAGACAACAGCCUCCUAAGUUACUUAGGCUGUUUUUCACACUGUUAAAACUAGUAGAUCUCAUCCUUUCCCUCCUUGUUUUUUUCAUUGACUUGAAGAGAAGGACAAGUUUUCCCUCUUUUUUAACUCCCAGUCCAUUUUGCAGCUUUAAAUUAAUUAGCCCAAAUAAAGAAAAUAUUUGUUGCCUGCUGAAGAUGAUACUGCAGUGAAAAGCUGGUUUAGUACUUCACCAAACUCUGAUUCCAGAUGCUUAAAGUAGUGACUCCCAGCAGUUCAGUGGUGUGACUAUCUAUAAAUCAUCAUCAACAAACAUGUACUGUAUGAAUGGUUCACCUCUGUCUUUGACAUUUAUUUUGUUUGGCAUAAUUGAUGGGUGAUUAUGAGAUACCUAUGUCAUGUCAGCAGUAUCUUCUUGAGUGAUUAUGCAUCUACCUUGGUAUUUUGAGUUGAGAAUAUUGUAGAGCAAACUAAAUGUAGUAAGUGCUUCAGCCAACAGCUUCUUUACUGCCUGCAACUUAACUUUGUUGUUGGGUAUUUCUUUCUUCAAUGUCUCUUGAAGUGCUUUCCAAAUUCCAACAGCAGCAGUUUGUCCAAGGCUACGGAAAUAGGUUUCAGUGUAUUCAGCUUUCAGAGUAGCAGCCGUGUUAGUCUGUAUCUGCAAAAAGAACAGGAGUACUCGUGGCACCUUAGAGACUAACAAAUUUAUUAGAGCAUAAGCUUUCAUGGACUACAGCCCACUUCUUCGGAUGCAUAUCAGCAUAUCUUGUAUUCAGCAUAUCUUCUACAUUUCUCUUUAGUCCAAUUUCAACUAUGUUGGCUGUGAUAAUUCCAUCUAUUUUGUCAUGAUUUUUCUUCACAAAUUGUCAUCAGAAAAGGCCAGAUCUUAAUAAAUAGUUCAAAACAGACAACCACUAAAUUUCAUUGUAUGUAUUGGCGAAGAAUUAGCUUGGAUCCUCGUGCUCUUUUCAGUAAACCUGAAGCAAAGGGGUUGUUAUGGAACUGUUUUGCAAUUUCAGCAUUUUCCUUUAUUCCUGGAAUUGUAUUUAAGUAUUUGGCUAAAAGAUGCAUCAUAUAAGCACUGUGACCAUGUGUUAUAAGUUUCGGGUUCUCUUCAUUAUCUUCUUCUAGAUUUCUUCUCAUCUGUGCUACAUUUGCAGCAUUGUUACAAAGCUAUGCACUUGACACUUGAAGUUUUGUUCACAGUUUGUUAUAACUUUUACUGCUCCUACUUUUAAGUAUUCUAAUGUAUGGGCAUUUCCUGAUAUAGCAGUUGUUUCUGUAAGAUAGAUAAAUGCCAUCAUCUGUUGUCACACAAGCACAUAUUCCUAGACAAUUGUAUAUGUUGCUUCACCCGUCUAGACUCAUACUAACGAAUUUCCUGUCAAUGUGUUUUACACAUUGUUCAAUUUCCUUCUCAGACACUGCAUCCAGCAAUGUUUGAUCCAGUAGGUGAAAUAUAGCCUCCUCAUAAUGGUUGAACCAUGUCAAUGAAAUGUUUGUUCUGAACAAGAUGAAAAGGAGAACUUGUUGCAGAAAUGAACCAAGAAAUCUUUUCAUCUAUGGAGUCUUGCUGGAAUUUGUUGGUCCUGGUUAUGAACUCAUCCAUGGUUUUACUGGAUGACGAAGUUGUGAUUUGUUUUGGAUUUUUUUGUACAAGUAAUUUACUGGUUGUCGUAUGUUUUUAGUUAAAGCACUGCUGGUGGUAACAGCAGAUGAAUCUGAAGUUAUAGACCAUACAAAUGAUGAAUCUUUAUAACCCCUUAUUUCUGAUAUGUACCGUGAAACAAAAUGAUAAAAAGUCACUCAUUGAGUGCUAUUCAGUGCACUGCUUUAAAACAAAUAGAUUGUAAAUGGAAGAUUACUUACAGCAGCUGUGUGUUCCACUGUUUAAAAUUAUAUAAUUUAUUCUCAGCCUAGUUAUGUAGGGAUAAUAAUUAAUAAAUCAUAAGGAUUAUCUAAAUCUAUUAAACCCUUAUCUCUAGCAACCUACCAAACAGCUGGGGGGAAGAAAAAUUUUAAAUGUUAAAAUUGAUAUGUGCCUAAUUAAACUUUACUUUUAAAAAAUAGGAACAUAUUGAGCAAUAAAAAGUAAUUUCAGAAGUCCAGCAGUAACAGUAAAAAUGUAAUAAAUAGUCCCACAAACUAACAUACCAAAUAUAUUUUGAACAUAAACAUUUUGAAAUUCGUAAGUAAUCUGCCCAAAACACAAAUUUAUGACAAUCUAAGAUAUAAUUUACUAGCAUAGUAAAACAUGGUAGGUAGACCAUAAGAAUGGUGCAAAAAUAAGUUUACUAACCAGCUGACCCAGAUGGUUGAUACAUGUCCAUAUCAUCUUCAAAGUCAUUGUUUUCUGAGAAGUAUUUUUCAUAAUGUUUCAUUCUGACAACCAGGCCUUUCACCUCUUUGUUGCACUGUUUACAUUUGACAUAUUUGUUUUUUCCCAGAGGUACAGGAAUUUCUUCAAAAAUAUUCCAAAAUAGGGUCUCUUUUUUUCUUUUUUUUUUAUGAUGUGCAGCCAUGGAAGUUUUUUCUCCAGUUCCCAGGUCUUGAAAUCAACAGUAGAGGCUGCAACCUGAAGAAUGUUGUUCUUUCUUCUCAGUGUUGUCGCUUUGACAACAGAGUUGCUUCUUUCUGGUUGCAAACUCUGCGCCUCUGCCCUUAGAGGAUCAAGCCCUUAAUACAGUAGAUGGCCUAUUGUGCCAUAAUUUACAAAGCUUGACUUCAAAAGUCAGAUGUUCCCCCCCCCCCCAAUUCUUUUUUUAUAUAGAAAAGCAGCCUUUGACUCAAAGUUUUUUGAUAGAGGCUUAUGGAUUCAGCAUAUUUAUUUUUCUUAUUUAAAUGUUUUAAGAUGAUAUAAUAAGUUUAGGUCUUAAGAUAUCUUGUAUUAAAUUCAUAUCUCAUUGUAAACAAUAUUUUUAAAAAAAAUAUAAUUUAAAUUAAAAUCAGUCCAAUUUAAAUAAAAAUCGGAAUUUUUUUAUUUUAAAAAAACCUCAAUUUUUAUCCACCCUGCUUGUGGUUUAUGAAGAAGAACCUACUGAAGUCUCCUUUGAGCAGAAAUUUGGCCUUGACAUACAUUUGUAAGGUGGGGUAUGUGAGAAAUAGUGAUUAAGUUCUGAGGAGACAAGGAAAGCUCCUGGGGGAAGGCAGAAUGAAUAAAUGUAUAGGUAAAUAUUGCAGUCCUUGUGAUUAAAUCUAUUGU